ACUCACUCCCCCACUCUCUACACAGUUGCGCCUCUACAGCCAUGUUUAGGGCUAUGAGCACCAGGAAAGGGCAGGGGCACAGCGGAUACGAGCAGUUGAUCGGCGAAUCCAUCGUUGACGAUCUAUUAUCCGAUGCGAAGUUGAUCAGAUCCAGGACGUUGCCUACCAAUUUCUUCGGCGAUUUGCCGGUGAAUUUUGAAUCUGAAGUGAGAACUCCGGUGAAAGAAGACGCCAUAGACAAGCAAGUGAAGAAGGCGAGCAAGGUCCAUCCGAUCUUCAGCAUAUUCGAGAAAAGAGGGUGGAGGAAGAAGGCGACAGCUAAACCAGAGUUCUCAAGGUACAUGCAAUACCUCAAGGAAGGAGGUAAUUGGGAUGCUAAUGCAUCUAAGCCUGUAAUCUAUUGAUUAUUUUCAAUAAACUCGAUCGUCAAAAAUGAUUACCGAUUAAUGACGAGGUAUUUUAUGUAUAAAAUUUCGUUUUCUAGUAAUCAAACGAUGUUAAAAUGCGAUUUGAGUGGUGCACGAUCCAUAACGCACCACGAUUGCUAGUAUAUUCAUGUCUGGAAGUUUCUGGAAUCAGCACAUAUGAAACUAGAGACGGCCAAAGAGUGGUACCAUGGUCAUAUUUGUCCAAAUAAAAAUCAACUCUCUCUAAACUCCUCAUCAUUUCUGGAAUCAGCAUGUUUAUAUAUCAAACCAAUUGGUGAGAUGUU